AAAAGGGGGCGGGGUCAUCAGUCAAGUGACUUCAGGGCAAACCGCUUAAUCCCGGGUCAAAUAACAUGUCGCCUAAAAUCGUGCGUGUUUCAGUGAGGGAUGUGAGAUUCCCGACUUCUCUGGAGCAGCACGGCUCGGAUGCGAUGCACACAGACCCGGAUUAUUCCGCCGCCUACGUGGUUCUGGAAACGGACGGUGGACUGAGAGGAUUCGGCCUCACAUUCACGUUAGGAAAAGGCACAGAAAUCGUGGUGUGUGCCGUCCAGGCCAUGACUGGACUGGUUGUUGGAAAAUCUUUGGAGGAAAUUGUGAGGGACUUUCGGGGCUUUUAUCGCCUCCUGACCAGUGAUGGGCAGAUGAGAUGGCUGGGCCCAGAGAAAGGAGUGAUUCACCUGGCGACUGCUGCUCUCCUGAAUGCUGUGUGGGAUCUGUGGGCGAGGAUGGAGGGCAAGCCGCUGUGGAAGCUGCUGGUGGACAUGAGCCCGGAGCGGCUGGUCUCAUGCAUCGACUUCAGGUACAUCACCGACGUGCUAACGGAGGAGGAGGCUCUGGAGCUUCUGGUGAAAGCGCAGGAGGGCAAACGGCAGAGAGAGGAGGAAAUGUUGAGGGAAGGCUAUCCUGCCUACACCACCUCCUGUGCUUGGCUCGGAUACUCUGACCAACAGCUCAAGCAGCUUUGCACGGAUGCCCUUAAAGGCGGUUGGACCAAAUUUAAGGUGAAGGUCGGAGCGGAUCUAGACGACGACGUGCGCAGAUGCCGCCUCAUCCGGCAGAUGAUCGGACCAGACAACACCUUGAUGAUCGAUGCCAACCAGAGGUGGGACGUUUCCGAGGCGAUCAGCUGGGUGUCCAACUUGGCAGAGGUCAAACCUCUUUGGAUCGAGGAACCCACGUCUCCAGACGACAUACUGGGACACGCUGCUAUUUCUAAGGCUUUGGCUCCUCUCGGGAUCGGAGUUGCCACAGGCGAACAGUGUCACAACAGAGUCAUGUUCAAGCAGUUCCUCCAGGCCGGCGCGCUGCAGUUUGUGCAGAUUGACAGCUGUCGGCUGGGCAGCGUCAACGAGAACCUGGCUGUGCUGCUGAUGGCUCACAAGUUCCGAGUCCCAGUGUGUCCUCACGCCGGAGGAGUCGGUCUGUGCGAGCUCGUCCAACAUCUGAUCCUGUUCGACUACAUCUGCGUGUCAGCAAGUCUCAGCAACCGAAUGUGCGAGUACGUCGACCAUCUCCACGAGCACUUUGUUUGUCCGGUGGUGAUCCACAACGCUCGCUACAUGCCCCCAAAGAUUCCUGGUUAUUCCUGUGAGAUGUUGGAGUCUUCAGUCAAAAAGCAUCAGUAUCCUGAUGGAGACGCAUGGAAACUCUAUCCAAAGAAAUAAAAAUCAUAUUUUUGUAAUACGU